AUGGGACUGAGCAGCAAUGUCACAGAAUUUAUUUUUGUUGGCCUUAUUCAAGAUCUUGCUGGGCAAAAAGUAUUAUUUGUCUUGUUUUCACUCAUCUACAUUGUGACAAUGCUGGGCAACCUGCUUAUUGCAGUGACAGUGAUUGCCAGCCCUUCCUUAGACACCCCAAUGUACUUCUUUCUUGCAUGCUUGUCACCCCUGGAUGCUUUUUAUUGCAAUACUAUCUUACCAAAUUUGAUUAUAGACUUGUUAUAUAAUAAAAAGACUAUUUCCUUCAAAGCAUGCAUGGUCCAGCUCUUUGUAGAACACUUAUUUGGUGGUGUGGAGGUCUUCCUUUUGGUAUCCAUGGCCUAUGAUCGGUAUGUAGCCAUCUGUAAGCCACUGCACUAUUUGACCAUUAUGAACCAACAGGUUUGCAUCCUCCUGUUGCUGUUAGCUGGGGUUGGCGGCAUAGCACAUUCAAUGAUUCAAGUUCUGACUGUGUAUAAACUUCCUUUUUGUGGUCCCAAUGUCAUUGAUCACUUCAUGUGUGACAUGAAUCCAUUAUUGGGACUUGCAUGCACUGACACCUAUUUCCUUGGCAUCACUGUCAUUGCCAAUGGUGGAGUUAUCUGCGUGGGAAUUUUCAUCUUUCUCUUAGUCUCCUAUGGAAUCAUUCUAAACUCUCUUAAGACUCACAGUCAAGAAGGGAGGCGCAAAGCCCUGUCUAUAUGCAGCUCACACAUCAUUGUCAUUGUCUGCUUUUUUGUUCCCUGCAUUUUUAUAUAUGCUAGACCUGUAUCCAACUUUCCUAUUGAUAAGUAUAUUGCCGUGUUUUAUACAGUUGUAAGUCCCAUGCUGAAUCCAUUGAUAUAUACCUUGAGAAAUUCUGAGAUGGAAAAUUCUAUUAAAGAGCUGUGGUGUAAAACACUAUCAAUAUACAAGGAAAUAUAUAUACAAGAUCGUUUCCUCACUGAAUAUUUUAUUAACUGUAAAUUGAAAACCAGAUAUAAAUUCUAA